UUCGCGGUCCUUUCAUGAGUGUGUGUAUGUGUGUGCAUGAAAGCAAGCCGUCGCGGAAUUUUUAAGCGAAAAUUUGUUUUAUAAUCGCAAAAUAAAGUGUAAAUUUGGUAAAAUCUUAAUCAGUGUGAUGAAAAAUGCGAUGCAUAGUGUGCGGAGCGACAGAAAGAGACUCCCGAAAGGUGUCAUUCCACGGAAAAAGACAUAUUGUUAGAACCGUCAGGGAAUCUGUAAGGGCGGAGCCCUCAAUACAAUCGCGUGGAUGAGCGCCUUGGCCGCCAGAGAUUUCUCCAGAACCCUCAGCGUUCCUCCUAACGAUCUAUACACUACGACGAUCCGUAGGGGUAACUCACAGGCUAACACUAGGAACACUCUUAGGAGAAAUCGGCGCCGCUCCGAGAGACAUCUAUGAUGUCAAAUUCAAAUACCAACGGGGGGUUUAACCGUUGGGGAGAAGCUAGUGCUAACAAUAUUUUAUUAAGAAAUGACUAAAAUGUAUAAUAAAAAUAUAAGAACACCAAAAUGCUUUAUAUAUAUUUUUUUAUUAUUUUCAAAACCAGUUAAAAGUAGUUUAAGUUUUCCAUUUCCCCAUUAAUAAAAAUUGAUCCACUUUAAGGAAAAAAAGAUACAAUGAAAAGAAAUUUAAAUGUGUUUCAUUAUUUUAUAAGAAAUUAUAAAAUAAUUAUAGUAUAUGAAAACAUAAAAAUAUAAGACAACUAAAAUGCUUUUUCUAAAUUGUUUUUUUAUAUUUGUCAAAAUCGUUAAAAACGCACUGAAUUUUCGAUUUUUGGAUAAAUAGAAAUUGAUUCACUUUAAGAAAAAAGACAUAAUGUGAAGAAAUUGAAAAAUGUGAUCCACUUUUGUUUUAAAGAAAAAAUGUAUUUUAUUAAAAUAUAAAUAUAUAAAAACAUUAAAUGCUUUUUUCUUUUUUAAUAUUUUCCAGACUUUGAAAUCAGACUUAAUUUUCCAUUUCUGCUUAAAUGGAAAUAUAUUUAGAUAUUUUUUAUUGCUCAAAGUUUUAGGUUUUGCAAUAUUGAUUCAAUUUACACAAAAUCAAAUCAAAAUUUUGUCGUUGGCAUUUGAAUUUUUGAGACUUCUUUAAAAAACUCAACUUAGCGUUAGUCAGCACAACGCAUAAUAAAUUUAUUGAGAAUCAUAAAACCAUAUUGUUAACAGGUGAGUAUAACUCCAAAUUAACUGAAAGAAUUUUGAAAACAAUUUUUAUUUCAAAAUUUGUUGAUUUUUAGAAAAAAAUACCUUUCUUAAAAUUUCCUUCAUUGCCUUUUAGACAAUCCUCCCAAACAUAAAGGGAACUUUACAUUAAUUGCUUAAAAAAAAACAAAAAAUGGAGAUGUAUUCUUAAAUAUUUCAAGAUUCAUGCAAUAUCUCAAGCACAAAAUAAUUCGUAUUACACUUUAUCUUCUAAUUAAAAAGAAGAAUUAAUGUUAAAUUUCUAUUGGAAAUGAUAUUUCACGAAAAAAAUUUGUUUUUCAAAUUAAUAUAAUAGAAGAACAUUCCUAAGAAAAUUCCAUGGACAUUCCAAAAUAAUUCCACUUCUGAUUAUUUACUGGGUUUCAUACAAAAGUAAAUGGCAAAAAUGUAAAAAUUGUGACGAAAUGUGCUCAAAUUAAUCUUAUAAGUAUUAAUUCUUUAAAUCAUUAUCAUUAAGAGCAAUUAAUGAACACAAUAUAACUCAAAUUGAACGCAAUGGUUGAUUCUAUUGCGUAAUAUUGAAGUAUACACUCAAAUAUGCUGUGUGUUGAUACGCAUUUUUUUCGGAACGAGUACCACAGCCUAAACAAGACCUCAGACUUUUAUUAUAUUUUGCAUAAUGAUGGCUUAUUAGAUCCACUUUUGAUAAGUCAAAACCGUAUUUUGAUAAGAACCAUAGUUUUUAAACUACAAGCCCUAACGUUUAAAAAUUUAGCACUUUUCUAUAAGAGUAAGCGAGAUGGAGGAGUGAAAUAAAAAAUGGCUUCAACUCCGAAGCCCCAAUCGCGAGGCCCUGUUUUGAAUUCAACCGUCCGUCGUUCAAAUUUAAGGAGUUCAAAUUUGAGGAACUACUGUAUCCAUUUUCGAUAAAUUUUAUAUUUUAAAAAGGUUUUUAAUCUAUCCAUAUUUCAAAUAUCCCAAGUCUAUGGAAUUGCCGCAAGGGGCGCUUUUCAGCAACUUUUGGUAAAUUGAAAACCGCGACAGAUGCAUAUGUCCUUUUUGUCUAUCAACAGAGAUUAGUGCUAUGUUUUCCUACAUAAGUUAAAAAUUAUCAUUACGUAAUAGGGAGAUGAUCUCCUUCCGGGUGCGUCAGGGAUGCUGAUCCUUUUAGAGACCAAACAAAGCCGCUUUGGCCAUAUUGCAAUCAGACAAGGGCAAUAGGACGGUUAUUAUGAGUCGCACAGAUUAUGAUGAAAAAAUGAGAGCGUUGGUCCACAACACGGAGAUAUAUGAAGAAAUAAACAGGGAUCCAACCUCGAGAUUUCAGCUGAAAAAUAAUGAUUUAGUAAAGUCACUAUAUAAUAAACAAAAAGUAGAUGCGUACCAGAAAUCAAAAUUAGUUACCUACAAGGCGAUUGCCCCCCGAAUUUAUGGACUCCCCAAAAUCUAUAAACCGGAGGUUCCACUUAGGCCCGUGGUGUCAUAUGUGGGUAGCCCGAGUUAUGCAUUGGCCAAAUUUGUGGCAUCUGUUCUUCUUCCUCUUACGGACAGCCCCUACAACGUGAAAAACUCUCAGGAAGUCUCGCAAUUCGUCACUGGGCAGUCUUUACCAGAUGGAUAUAUUGUGGUGAGCCUGGACGUGAUUUCUCUGUUCACAAAUGUUCCCAUAGACUUGGUAUUGAGUGAGGUGGAGGUGCGAUACCAUGAGUUGGAGGUGCAUACGAAUUUGGAAAAAACCGAGAUCUUAAACUUGUUAGAUUUUUGCUUAAGAUCGGGAUCCUUUAUGUAUGAGGGAAAAUUUUACCUCCAGAAAGACGGUGUAGCUAUGGGAUCCCCGAUUGGCCCCAUUGCAGCGGACAUUGCGAUGCAAAGAACAUUGAAUUCGGUCUUGGAGGACUCUCCCCUUAGGAUUGGAUUUGUAAGGAAAUAUGUAGACGAUCUCUUGGUGUCGGUACAUAGGGAUGACGUGGAGGCUUUAGUGCCUCUUUUUAACUCCUUCCACCCAAAAAUCCAGUUCACGUUGGAGAGGGAGCAGGAUGGUGUCCUUCCAUACCUUGAUCUCUCCAUAUACAGGGAUGAGACGAAUGUGUUGAGCACAGUGUGGUACUGUAAGCCCAGUGCCUCCCAAAGGAUGCUGAACUACAAUAGUGCACAUCCACGGAGCACAAUCAUAAACGUGGGAAAAAAUUUAAUCAACAGGGCCCGAUCUGUUACCACAAAAUUGGGAGUGAAUAUGGAUGAUACCUUAAGGCGGAUUCUCAAGAAAAAUGAUUUCCCGGAAAGGGUCAUUAGGAGGAUGUUGAGGGAUGGUGUUCCGGGCUCGAGGGGAUCAUCUAUGGAGCAGACACCCCAGAGUGAAAGAUUCUUUACACUCACAUACGUAAAAGGAAUCUCUGAAAAGAUGAGAUCGAGGAUCGUGAGAUCCACUGGGGCGAGGAUAGCCUUUCAGCCGGCCAAGAAAUUGAGAGAGUUUUUCACCAAGGUAAAGGAUCCGAUACCUAAGCUGCAAAAGUCGGAUGUAAUCUAUUCAGUUCCUUGUGGGGGAUGUGGUCUUAACUACAUAGGAACGACAGGCCAGCAACUCCAGAAACGACUGCAACAACACAAAAGAGACAUAAAACCACCGAUAAAGAACGAAAAUGCUACCUCCCUGUGUGCACAUGUAGUCGAAACAGGACAUCCUUUCGAAUUUGAAGAAACUAAAAUAUUAGACUCCCAUAAAUCUUAUGCAAAGAGAAUGGUUCUUGAGUCUCUCCACAUAAAACAAAACCUGUCAAAUUGUGUAAACAAACGAUCCGAAAUAUCCGGAAUUCACAAUUCAUAUGCGGGAUUGUUGAGAUGA